UUCUCAGGACACAUAACACAUACUAUAAUCAUGCAGCACUGGAUGAUCUGCGCAUUACUUUUGUUUCUUGUGUUCUGUGAUGUCUCUGCUCAAAGGAAAAAAAAGUCAGUCCAAACUCUCUCAAGAGGUUGGGGCGAUGACAUCACUUGGGUUCAGACGUAUGAGGAAGGACUGUCUAAAGCGGUUGAGAGUAAGAAGCCCCUGAUGAUCAUUCAUCAUUUGGAGGAUUGUCCACACAGUAAAGCUCUGAAAAAGGCUUUUGCUGAACAUCAAACUAUUCAAAAGCUGGCCAAAACAGAUUUCAUCAUGCUCAACUUAGUGCAUGAGACCACUGAUACUAACUUGGCCCCUGAUGGCUUCUAUGUCCCCAGGAUUUUGUUUGUUGAUCCUUCGCUGACUGUGCGAGCUGACAUUGCUGGAAAAUACGCCAACCGAAUGUACACGUAUGAGCCGAGCGACGUGGACUUCUUGGCAGAGAACAUGAUGAAAGCCAAGAUCCUGCUCAAGGAUGAACACGAGGAUCAUGAUGAUCUGUGAUGGACAGAUGACAGCUUACCCUCUUUCGAGACUUGUACACAAUAUACAGGGUUUUCUUUGUGCAACUAACAAUAUUUAACUUUGAAUAAAGUCUGUUAGUUGUAGAAA